AUGUCAGCGACAAAACCUUUUCUAAACCCAAACAAGUCGCUACCUCCUCCAUUAAUACUCUAUCGACAAAUUUUACGUACGCAUCGUCAUUUACCGGCGGCCCAUCGAGCUUUAGGAGAUGCGUACGUGAAAGCAGAAUUCAAAAGACACAAGGAUGUUGAUAAUCCGGUGCAUGUGGUGGGAUUUAUUGGACAAUGGCAAGUUUAUUUAGAGGAAUUGAAGAAACAAAUGCGUGAACAAAAAAAGGAUAAAAUAGGUGUAAUAAUACCUAAAUUGGGGAAAAAAUUAGAUUUGGAUAGUCUGGAAAAAUUUAGCGAGCAACAAAUUGGGCAAUUCUAA